AUGAGAUUUCUCCUAUCCGCCCCCAAUAGCCUACUAGGCGCUCGAGUGCCUAUGAUUGUCUGGAUGCUUAGUGCAGUCUUCCUUCAAGCGUCAACUAUCCACGCCCAUGAUUCUACAUUUGAGCCUUUGGAGUCGACAAUCCACGAUGUACGGGUUGCGCUUGUUUCGAAGUCAACUACCUGCCGCACUGUGGUAUCUUCUUUCCUUUCUCGUAUCGAGAAAUUGAACCCAACUAUCAAUGCAAUUGUUAGUCUUAACCCGGAUGCUCUCUCAGCAGCAGAUGAGCUGGAUAAGAAAAUUGCCACUGGUGACUUAGCAGGCAAGCUUCUUUGUGUCCCUAUCCUGCUGAAGAACAAUUAUGAUGCCGUGGGCAUGAAUACAACGGGAUCAUGUGCUGCUUUGGCUGGUAACCGACCAAUUGUUGACACUCCUUCCGUUAAGGCCUUGAAGAAGGAAGGCGCUGUGAUCUUGGGCAAAACUAAUCUUCAUGAGAUGGCGCUGGAGGGCCUCACAGUGUCCUCUCUAGGAGGACAAACAAUAAACCCAUACGACCGGACUCGGACUCCGGGGGGUAGUAGUGGCGGCACCGGCGCCGCAAUCGCAACUAGCUUCGCGGUAUUUGGCACGGGUACGGAUGCUGUCAAUAGUCUCCGUAGUCCCGCAAGUGCAAAUAACCUCGUUAGUGUGCGUCCGACCCGAGGGCUUAUUUCAAGAGUAGGGAUAAUGCCUAUCAGUUUCACACAGGAUAGCAUUGGGCCCAUCGCGAGGAAUGUCCAGGACCUUGCGGUUGCAUUAACCGUUAUGGCGAGCGUUGGCGCCGAUGAAGCUGAUAACGCCACUCUCCUUGUACCACCGGAAGCAAGGGGGGUGGACUAUACACGGGGCUUAGAUGAUGGGAGCCUCAAUGGACUUCGAAUUGGGUUGCUGGACGGAUUCUGGAAUCACACGAUUUCUAAUGAAACGACACCAGUGAUCGACGCUUUGGCAAGCACCAUUACUUUCCUCAAAUCACAGGGGGUUAAAAUCAUCAACGUGACGGACUCGAUCUACAACGCAUCAGCAAUUGCUCAGUUUGAUGUCCAACAAUAUGAGUUCAAGGAGUCAUUGAAUGACUACCUGUCUAGCCCAAACCUCACCGGAAAUAGACCAACUACUUGGGAUCAAGUAUAUGAGAGUGGAAAAUUCUUAGUUAUUCCAGCUCAAUACAGCGUUAUAAAUAACUCCAGAGUUCGGUCGCCAGCUGAUCCCGGAUACACAACGGCCAAGCAAGGUAUCGACCGUCUUAAAGCUGCGGUUAAUAGAACCUUUGCGAACAAUAAGCUGGAUGCUGUAAUCUACCCGGAACAGAAAAAUCUUGUAGUCAAGAUUGGCUCGCCAUCCCAGGCAGGACGCAAUGGUAUUCUCGCGGCCUUAACUGGCGUUCCGGUGGUCACUGUCCCUGUGGGAUUCUCACAACCAUCGCUAGAUGCCCUGAGUGGUAUCCCUAUUGGGAUGGAAAUAUUGGGCCUUCCAUUUAGCGAGAAAAAGCUGCUCAAUAUUGCUAAUCAUUUUUCUCGUCUUCGACCAUUACGAAAGACGCCGGCGUUCGCGAACGUUACUAUCCCAUCUAAACCUUACGUUUCGGUGCCGACGGUGCACCCAGAUACUUCCAACAUUUCCCCGACAUACCCUCUCGGAGUCCUUUAUAAAUAG